CUUUUUCACCCAAAUCACCCUCAAUCUGAAGAGCUAUCCUCAGUCCCCAGGGGGAGGGCAUGGCAUCUGGACCUGUGGGGCCAGAGCUACAGACAACAGAGCCAUUCAUCUCGGGGUCUCAGCCUCUUUUAACAGGCCUUCCAGGCACUGCCGAGAAAACCAGGUUAAUUGUUCCCGAUGACAGCAAUGUGCAGGGCUGGGAUGCUCUCCAGACUUGAGAAAGGCUGGGAGAAGGCUGAGGGGUGGGGUGGAGAGGAGGAGAAAAAUGGUCAUUUGAUGAAUGGCUACUCUAGGCCAAGCCCUGAUCUUUAAUUAUCACCUCACUCAAUCCUCCCAACAACCCUUUGAUGAUACCCAUUUUGGGCUUGAGCACAUUCAGAGGACAAAGUGGCUGCUCACAGCUGGGUAGUGGCUGGGACAGUCUUGGUAUUAGGGACUUGAGCUGGAAUGUUCUUGGAGUUUGGGCCCCAGCCCUGCCACUGGCCAACUCUGUGCUGUAACAAGUUACUUCCCCUGCUCGGAUUUCUCAGUUUCCUCAUUGGCUGUCUCCCUGCACAUCUGGGAGACAUGCAUGUGACAAUUUGUGGCACGGGAACUGGCUAGAAGCAGGGACUGCUCCAGGAGUCAGAAUCUGCCUCAACGCUUGACAGAUCAGCGAGGAGCUCACUUUCUCCUGGAUAAGAAGACUGAGGCCAAAAGAAGAACCAUGGAAGAUGGAGCCCAGGCUGAGGAGGCUCUCUGGAUGUAGGAAGCCCAGUUGGACAGCCAUGGAGUGGGACAAUGGCACAGGCCAGGCCAUGGGAUCGCCACCCACUACCUGCGUCUACCAAGAGAACUUUAAGCGACUACUGCUGCCACCUGUGUACUCGGUGGUGCUGGCAGCUGGCCUGCCACUGAACGCCUGCAUCAUUGCCCAGAUUUGCACAUCCCGCCGGGCCCUGACCCGCACAGCUGUGUACACCCUGAACCUGGCCCUGGCUGACCUGUUGUAUGCCUGCUCCCUGCCCCUGCUCAUCUACAACUAUGCCCGAGGUGACCACUGGCCCUUUGGAGACCUCGCCUGCCGCCUGGUCCGCUUCCUCUUCUAUGCCAACCUUCAUGGCAGCAUCCUCUUUCUUACCUGCAUCAGCUUCCAACGCUACCUGGGCAUCUGCCACCCUCUGGCCCCCUGGCACAAGCGUGGGGGCCGCCGGGCUGCCUGGCUAGUGUGUGGGGCUGUAUGGCUGGCAGUGACCACCCAGUGCCUGCCCACAGCCCUCUUUGCUGCUACAGGCAUCCAACGUAACCGCACUGUCUGCUACGACCUGAGUCCCCCUGCCCUGGCCACCAGCUACAUGCCUUAUGGCAUGGCCCUCACGGUCAUUGGCUUCCUGCUGCCCUUUGUCGCCCUGCUGGCCUGCUACUGCCGGCUGGCCCAACGUCUGUGUCGCCAGGAUGGCCCAGCAGGGCCUGUGGCCCAGGAGCGGCGUGGCAAGGCAGCCCGCAUGGCUAUGGUGGUGGCAGCUGUCUUUGCCAUCAGCUUCCUGCCUUUCCACAUCACCAAGACAGCCUAUCUGGCGGUGCGCUCUACACCUGGUGUCCCCUGCCCUGUGCUGGAGACCUUUGCAGCUGCCUAUAAGGGCACACGGCCCUUCGCCAGUGCCAACAGUGUACUGGACCCCAUCCUUUUCUACUUCACCCAGAAGAAGUUCCGCCGGCGGCCACAUGAGCUGCUACAGAAACUCACAGCCAAGUGGCAGCGACAGGGUCACUGAGUCUAUUGGGACAGGACACCUGGGACAUGGGCAGCCGGCAACCUGAAGCCAUGCAGAAAAUUAGAGCUUAGCUCAGCUGGGCGUGGAGUGAGGUCUCCCACAGACCCCACAAUCUCACUAACAGCUGUUUAUUAAUCCCUUUCUCUGGACCAGGCCCUGUGGGCACAGAGAGAGGCAAAGCCUGGGACUGGCUCUUCAGAAGGUCCCAGGAAGCCAUGGAGAGUUAGAGAAGCCAUGUUAAGCUGCUCACAAAUAGUGAGACAUGCAGUAUAAUUGAGGAGUAUGCUGCAUGCUUUGGCAUCACCAAUAAAGGGAGUAAGGGAAGAUAAGAAGGUGAGAGCUUCUGGGAAGGAGCUUUUGAGUUGGGUUUUGAGAGAUGAAUAUGAGCUUUCUGGGCAGAAUGUGUGAUGUUCCAUUCAUUCAGCAAAGCUUUACUGACACCUUGUGCUGGGGCCUGGGUUGGUUCUGGGGCCCCAGAAGAACCAGCUUGAGCCCUGCCCCAUACAAACUCUCAACUUCUAGAGGCACUGACACAGUGAUGUCAAGGCUGUGACAGCGGGAAGUAUGACUAAGGAGAAGGGGUGCCCAGAGGAUGCCCAUGACCCAGUCCAAGGAGUCUGGAAAGAUCUCUUGGUGGUGGGGGUGGGGGAUAGAAG